AAAUCAAAACUAAAUUUCAACAUGAAGAAGACCUACAAGUUUCAAAGCCUCCUCUCUUCUCUCCUCUUCCUCCUACUCCUCUCCACACUCCUACCAAUUUCAAGAACAGUCGCUGUCAGCUCCGGCGUUGGCUGUCGACAUCCGCCGUCACAAAACAGCUGCAAGACAUGCAUGGUGGAGCAGACGAAUUACGGAUGUCCUAAGUGCGGUCCGGUGCUCGGAUGCAUGGCUCGUUGCCUUUGGGGAGGUGUGUCUCAGAGGAAAUGCACCGCCAAAUGCGGUUGCGACACCUUCGCCAAGCCCUCGCUGCUGGAGUGUAAACGCUGCGUUUCUAGGUGUAAGUGUAGCUGUGCGGCGUAGGAAAUUAGCGACUUAAUGCUCUCUCUUUUAGUGUUCAAAUAAUGUUUUAGUUUUCUCGAAUGUUGAAUAAAAAUAACGUACAAGUAUUAUCUUUCACUCAUUGUUAAUUCAAAGUUUUUGUUAAAGCGACCGCGACCCAUCCACACUCGAU